AUGUCUGCUGUGAUAUCAAAGCUGAAGGACACGAACAAAAACUGUAACCCGCCUCUUCUCAUAAACAACCCAAUCACACAGUAUUUUGAAGUAAUUAAGGAGAGCAGCAGCGCUGGACCAGACCUAAUCUGGCGUAUAUAUGAUGCCUUUCGCAAAAGUGAUGGCAAGGAAUGUUCCGUGUUUGUCUUCGAUAAGCGCAUCGCGGAUAAGCUUUACAAGCCGAAGCGGAAUCACAGCAUGCUGGAACGAAUCAAACUCAGCAUAACGAUUCUGGACCAGCUACGACACCCGAGGAUGCUGCAAAUUAUACAUUCGCUCGAAGAAGGACAACACUCUGUGGCCUUCGCGUCUGAGGCAGUGCUUGCCAGUUUACACAACAUACUUGCUUGGCAUGAAUCAUCGCCAAUAUUACCUGGAGGGUUUCUGCCGGUGAUGCCGCACCCCAUAUCCUUGGGUCCACCAACCGUGCAGCCGAUGCAACAACACAGCUCGACUCAUCGACCCCCAUAUGCCAAGGAGUAUCACUUCCUAGACAUGGAAAUACGUUUUGGGCUGCUUCAGAUGGUCGAAGCACUCCACUACAUACACUACACAAUGCGUCAGAUCCAUCGGAACGUGUGUCCUCAAGUAAUUAUCGUCACUAAACGUGGCACUUGGAAGCUCUUCGGAUUGGAGUUCACAGAACAUAUUAUAGACAGAGACCCGUUGGAACUGGUGGUCAUAGCACCGUGGUCCAUUAAAAUUGCUAAAAUUACGCAACCUAAUUUGGACUUUAUGGCACCCGAAUCUCAGAUGAGUGGCCAAUGCAACAUCUUAUCCGACAUGUUUUCUUUGGGUCUUGUGAUCUGCGCACUCUUCAACCACGGCAAGCAACUGAUUCAAGCCAACAACAACCCAAUGCUGUAUUCAAGACAGAUCGAGUUUUUGGAACAGCAAGUGAAUGCGAUGCUGCCGCGGAUCCCAGCUGGCCUGCAAGAAGCAGUUCAAAGGAUGCUGUCACGCGACCCACACCCUCGUCCAACUACUCAACUGCUACCCCUCAUCAACUUUUUCAAAUGCCAGAGUGAACCCGCUAUCCAAGCAAUGCAAUUCCUAGACGUCAUUACCCUGAAGGAUGUUGUGCAGAAAUCGAAUUUCUACCGUGGCGCACUGCUCGAAGCCCUCCCGUUCAUACCAAAGAAACUCCGUUGGCAACACGUAUGGCCAAUUUUGCAACUACAGGUGAAGGCUGGCGAAGUAUUGGACGACAUCUUGUUACCCAUUAUUUGGUUGACUAACGAGUCUUCGAGCGAAGAAUUCGUUAAACACAUUCUUCCAGUUUUAAAGCACCUUAUGGGCUCACCAAAGACGGUCGAUGCACCUUUCAUUAUGCUGGAGAACCUGCAUAUCAUAUUGCGAAAGUGCCCGAAGGACGAAGCGAACAGAAUGAUGUUGCCACUGCUCUACAUAGCUUUGGAUAGCUCAAUCAAUCCGAUUCAGACCGCAUCUCUAAUAGCUGUGCAAAACGUAACAGAGCAUUUGACCGACGCGGCAGUGCAAAACAUCGUACUCGGUAAAGUAAAGCUUCUGGUUGAGAAACACCCGAGUGAUGUAAGAAAGAUUGGUUUGGCUCUGAGCUUCUUCGAAAAGGUACUUCUACGUUUAGAGAGGAAACACAUAUUGGAAGAAGUGAUACCCGCUCUUCUUUUUAUGAGGCUCACAGAUGCAGAAACUGUUACGCGCGUCGUUAGACUUUACAAGGGCAUAAUUUUGGAAGAAAAAUUUGGAUUAACAUCGAAUGUAAUGGCUACAAAGAUGAUCCCCUCAUUGGCACCACAGACUAUUAACCCCGCUCUGACUGUGGAUCAAUUCGGAGGUCUCAUGGAGAUCCUGUAUGACAUGCUUGAUAACAUUGAGCAGAACCAGCUCCCUAAACUGAAGCAAGACCCACCUGGGCAUAGCCCAGAACGCCGAGGUGUUCGUCAUCAGAUGAGCAACGACAACAUACCAGCACCGCCCUUCAAUAUACCUAAUCUGCGCGUGGAGAAACGUAAGACUUCCAGUGCUGAAAACAUGGCUCGCAAGAACUCUGUGAAUGUUCCACAAACUUCCACUUCUAACACUGGAAGUGUGACCAGCGGAUUCAAAAAUCUCGGCCAAUGGUUCUUUGGAUCAAACAAUUCAACACAAAACGAAGGCAACCAGUUCUUGCAAGUGGCACAAGUAUAUUCGAAUCGUCGCUUAUCCGACAAUACAAUGUUGGCACCUAAAAUCAAAAUUGCUCCAUCGUGCGCUUCCUCCCCUGGAGGUACCCCGGGCGGUGCGUCCGGCUUGCCAAGUCGUCGUCACUCAAGUAUUGGGCCCCAAGAGCGCCGUAGCUCUGCAGUGAACCUGUCACCACCUACUGCUCAUCAGAACAGGGGAAGGGGCGGCUCAGGCUCGAGCCUGUCCGUGCCAUCAACCUCACAUUGCGUCGGUGGAUCGAUGCCGAAUACGUCAUCAAGCGUACCAUUUUUGCUGACGUCAUCAAUGCAGUCGAUCAGGUCCCGGCGUCAGUCGGCGGCCAUGAGCGCAUCCCAAGGCUCCGGAAUAUUGCAGCAGCUUAGCAGUGGCAUGGUAAGGCACUUGCCAGGCGGCUCCCACGGCAAUGUACCGCAGGUACAACAGCGAUGGGCCACGUUGCAGAAUGCCACCGCGGCUGGCUGUAGUGCACUGCGGCACACGGUCAUGGCAGUCAGGAAGUGCCCCUCACUAAAUAUCACACUGACGCGUUAA